UACCCACUGAAUGCCUGCUCAACCAUUACAACUGGAGUCAGCAUGUGGAAACAACUGUGCAGCUUUGCCGUUUAUUCAUAAUGUUUAAAUCAAUAUUAUUGCCACCCACAGAGUAAACAUAUGGAUCUGGCAUACGGUCAGCAAUGAGUGCUUCUGCGGGGACUGGAGUGUUUGUGCUCUCCUUGAUGUCUAUUCCCAUCUGCUACUUGUUCAACUCUCUCGUCUACAACAACAGUGCUGAAGCCUUCUUCGCUGGAUGUGCAACAUUCAUCUUUCUGAUCAUAUCUGCCCGUUUUAUACUCAAGAGGAAAGCUCCUUUAGACUCUCUUUUCUAUGUGUAUGCAGUCCACGCGUUCUUCAGUGUGGUGAGCUUAAUCAUCGGACUGGAACAGGACAACAUCAUUGAUGGAUUUGUGACUUUUUACCUCAAAGAGGCCGAUCCGCACAUUAAUACAGCACAUGGCCACAUGAUGUCCUAUUGGGAUGGCUGCGUGCAUUAUCUCAUGUAUCUGCUCAUGAUUGCUGCAAUUACUUGGGGGGACAACUUCAGAGCUAUUGGACUCUACUGGGUUGGGUCUUUUGGUAUGCGUUCCAUUAUCUACCUUCUUGGGAAUGCUGUUGGAAAAUAUGAAACUGAAAUGGGUCCUUUCUUCUUCCUUCACUUGCUGUACAUCUUUGUGUCUGUUUGGGCUUGUUUUCGCAUCUUUAAUCAUCCUUCCACACAAAUUGUUGAGUUGACAAACAUCCAGGAUGCUCAGAGGAUGACAUUAUUACAGAGACCUUUGGACUUGUGUUUUGUGAUCAGCCUCAUCCCAGCUACAACUUUCUGUGUCUUCAGAGGUCUGGUUGCCCUGGACUGCUCCAACACACUAUGCCAACACUAUGUACAACAUUAUGAGCCAUAUGUGAAAGACCCCUCGGCCUACGCUAAAAUACAUAUGCUGGUAAGCAUGCUGUACUCAGGCCCAUACUACAUCAUGACUCUCUACAGCUUGUUGGUUCCAGGAUGUGAGUGGAUGCUGGACUUGACUCUUGUACAUUCAGGUGCAAUAGCACAAGCCCAGUUCUCUCAUAUCGGCGCCUCCCUCCACACACGGACGCCAUUCUCUUACAGAGUUCCCGUUGACAACCAAACUGUCUUUUUGCUGGUUAAUAUCCUGUAUGCUGUGGUGCCUCAGGCCCUUUGCUACCGCUACACUACCAGGCCUGCCUUCUUCCUCAGGGGAAUGCCAAAUAGGAAAAAUGCUUGAGUGUACACUCUCUUACAGAAGGGCUGGUAUUAACCAAGACUCUGUAGUAGCUAGUUGAGAUAAAUAAAUGAGUGAUUGGUGAUGGAAAAUAAAACAUGUUUUGGAGCGUGUACCAUAGCAGUAUAUCCAUCCAUUAAACUUUAUUCUCCUCACAUAAUUAGAAGUAUUAUAUAUUUUCAUGGGACAACAUUAAAUAUCAAGGUUUUCUGAGGGGACAGUGCAUCUACACUGUUAUACAGGUAAUACAUUACAAUGUAGCAGUGUUGUCCAAUGAAAAAUAUAAUUAUAUAUUGAGGAAAAAAUGUGAGGGGUUUGCUCAAUUUUGUGAGAUACAGUAUUUCAUUAAUCAUGUGAAAUACAUAUUAUCUGCACAUGUGUUUUUUUUAAACUGUAAAGCUUUCUUUCUUCUGUUGUGGAAAAUCAGUAAUAGUUUGGAAAGAUACAAGAUAAAGAAAACCUCAAGAGUUUAAGGCAUAAUGAGUUUGAGCGUGUUUGUUCUGUUCAAUAUUUUAUUGUUAAUAAAAUUGGUUCAUAUUUGA